AUGGUUGGGUUUGAUAUCACUGACGAUACACGGAAAAAAGCGCUACUUCUACACUAUGGAGGUGAGGAACUACAGGACAUUUAUGACACGCUCAAGUCAGAUAGCAAUGACUAUGCUGCUGCCAAAAAGGCCCUCACUGACUACUUCGCGCCAAAGAAAAAUGUCGUCUAUGAGACCAUCAUAUUCAGACGCACCAAGCAAAAUACCACUGAGAACAUUCACCAGUACUGCACGAGGCUUCGUCAGCAGGCUGUGAAGUGUGAUUUCAGUGACAUCGAUCGCGAACUCAAAACGCAGAUCAUUGAAGGCUGCACCUCUAAGCACCUACGGCGCAAAUCUUUGGAAAAAGACAGAAACUUGACUGAACUGCUAGAACUAGCACGAUCACUGUCGUUGUCGGAGAGCAGAGCACAUGACGUAGAAGCAGAUGGCUCACAAACAGCCGUCAACAAAGUUGCCAAGCCCAAGCGCAACUUCAAAAAGCCUACCCGACAUGACACCAAGCCCCCAAAGCGUACAUGUUUCUACUGCGGAGGAUCGUAUCCCCACAAGAACCAAUGUCCUGCCAAGGGUCACGAAUGCUCAAAGUGCGGUAAGCAAGACCACUUUGAGAAAGUCUGCAGAUCAGACAAGCAGCGUAAAAACACUCCGACUCGCAAACGUCGAGGAUAG